AUGGACCCCCCUCCCGAGUACCCUCUGUUCCUGGUGCGGAUCCUGGAGGAGCUGGACAGCAAGCACAGCACCAUGUCGUACCAGGACCUGUGCAAGUUCCUGUGCGCACGUUUCGACCUGAUGCACCUCGCCAAGCUCCGCAGUCUGCUCUUCUACACGGCCUGCAUGGACCCGGCUUUCCCCGCCACGCUCUUCAAAGACAAGAUGCGCUGCUCCGUGGAGGACCAGCAGUCGAAGAAGCUGAUGGUGGCCGCUGACAUUGUCACUAUGUUUAACCUGAUCCAGAUGAACGGGGGCGCGGCCAAAGACAAGCUCCCGGUGAUCCACAGGGCCAAGCUGUACAAGAACAAGCCGUUGCAGCCGUGCAGGUCCGAGACAGAUGCCUAUGAGUUCAAGGAUUGCGAUAGGGUGGGGUACGAGCACACAGAUCAUCCCAGAGAAGGACACCACCACCAUCACCACUACCACCAACACCACCAACUCCACCAACACCCAGUGUCCCCGAAAGCCCCUCCCUGUCCUAAAUUAGAGUGCAACAACUGCCAACAGUUCAUUUCCACCUCGGACCCCAACUUCCUUUUGGGCGUCAGCAAGGAUUUAAAAUGCCGAGCGGUGUCUCUGGAAAAGCUGCAGCAUCUGCCCCAGUACUCUAGUGGCAGUCCGCCCUCCCCACCCUGCGAGAUGCAGAGCACCUACUUUCCUAUGGACAUCGACAGCGAGUCCACCACGGACCAGGACUCUCUUCAGCACAUCAGCCACCCAGAGCCCUUCUCAGUUCACUCGUGUGUCCAGAAGAGGACCAUCUUCAAAGAGGACUUUCACAAUCUCCAGGCCUUCUCCCCGCAGGUCAUCACCACAGAGUCCAAGCAAGGCAUUAAGGCUGGCGUAGUCUACCACAGGAGGGAGCUCCACAAGCCCGUUACCUUCUUCAACCGCAGCUUUGAACUGCCCUACAACAACCCCUACUUCGAACCCACCCUGAAUCCGCCUGUCCAGGACAGACGACACGUGAAACACGAGAGCCUGGACGAUCUGCAGGCGUCCACCUACUUUGGCCCGACCACAGUCUCCGAGAGCGUGAGCAACCGGAGGCGUGCCAACAGGCCGGGGAAGCAGCCAGCGUGGCCAGUGAAGAGCCUCAGCCUCAACGCCGAGGAAGGGCCUUCAGAUUUUGUCAGGCCCUUUCUAAACAGCAAGCCGCUCAAAGAGAACCACCGCCACAACAUCGGCAUCGUAACCAGCGACAGCGAGCAGCGUUUCCAGAGCCCCAAGCUCAAAGCCGCUGCCUCGGCCUCGGCCUCGGGGUUUGUCAAAAAGACGAAUGGAACAGCGGUGAAAGAGGUGGCAACCAUGGCAUGUGGUCCUGGGGGUUUGGACAAGAGAGAACCUGCAAAAAGAUACAGGGACAAACACGUGAACGGUUUAUCGUUUCAGGAAGGGGUGUUAGACUGCUCGGCCAGUGUCGGGACGCAGACCGAGCAGGCAGAGCACACCAAGGUAAAGGAAUACCCUGCCAAGUAUGGUGGAAGAGAAAGACACGCCUUCAAACACUCGGAUGAGGACUCGGAGAUCGUCAGUGACGACAUAAGUGAUAUAUUCCGUUUCCUUGACGACAUGAGCGUGUGCGACUCCCUGGGCCUCAUCCAGUCGUCGUGCUACAACAGCAACGGCUCCCUCUCUCAGUUAACGCUCAGGUCGGACGGUGACAGCUCCCCGGACCGCAACACGGUCAAACUGGCCAAGUCCAAGCUUGACCGCCUCUUUCAGUCUCUGGACAACACGGACGACGAGCUCAAGUCCAGCGUGUGCAAGCUGGUGAUGCGGAUAGGGGAGAUCGAGAAGAAGCUGGAGUCUCUCUCGGGGGUGCGUGGGGAGAUCUCUCAGGUGCUCUCCAAACUCAACAAGCUGGACGAAAAGAUCCAGGAGCCGGAGGCCAACGGGAGACAGGUGGCGGAGGCGGCGGCGGUGGCGGCGCCCCACCCCGACCCCACUCUCUCCCCACACGUCUUCCAGUGCCACACCACGGGCCACAACAUCAAGGUGGACAAUGGUGCCUCGGGCGAUUGGUGCUGCUCAGAUGGGAGUAACAGCGAGAGCCUGAGGGUGAAGGCCCUGAAGAAGAGCCUGUUCACCAGGAGGUCGUCCCGCUCCCUCAACGAGGAGAACAGCGCUCCUGAGGCAAAGGUGCCAAGCAUUACCAGCUCCCCCCGUGACUGGAGGACGGUGUCUUACUCCCCACAUGCUGGGGAUGAGGGCAAAGACAGGGACAGAGACAGCAAGGACAGACACAGGAAAGCUAAGGAGCGAGAGCGUCAGUAUGAGCUCCCCCAAAACCACCGGCCCACAAAGCCCCCCAAGGACCCCUGCCUGAUUGAACAGGUGUUCUCGCCACAUCCUUUCUCCUCUUCAGCCAAAGCCCACAUGAAGGGCAGUCCGCUGUACACCGACCUGAGGCUCACCGGAUUAUCUGAUGGCAAGCGCAGCCAGCCGUCCUGGACUAGCGAGGAAUACAAACGCAACUCAGGGGAGAAGGGCAAGCAACUGACUGCCCUGGACCUACAGACCCAGGAAUCCCUGAAUCCCAACAACCUGGAGUACUGGAUGGAGGACAUCUACACACCAGGCUAUGAUUCACUGCUUAAGAGGAAAGAGGCGGAGUUCCGCAGGGCCAAAGUGUGUAAGAUCGGUGCACUGAUAGCAGCUGCAACCUGCACUGUGAUCCUAGUUAUUGUUGUUCCAAUAUGCACCAUGAAAUCAUGA